AUGUGUAGGUUUGAAAAAAAUGUUACUGCGGGUGAGCCUUCAAUUGAAGUUGAUCCCCCAACGGCUGAUUGUGAUGAGGUCGAGGCUGAUUGUGAUGAGGUCGAGGCUGAUUGGAUUAUGUUUUCGGUAUUGCUGAUAUUCAUUUAUUUGAUGGCGGAUGUGGCCCCCUGGGGACAUGGGGGUGACGGUGCCGGUGAUCCACCGCUUCCUCCUGGUGGGAUUCGUGGCACACACAAGACAGACGCGGUUCCCCCAAAGAAGCGGGGGGGGCCUGUGUCGCUUACGUUUGAUCGACAGGUCACGUUUACCCCUGUUGGUAAAUCAAGAGACAUGUUUUCAAGGGAGGCCGGCCUGUAUAUGUGGCGGACCGUCCCGUUUGAUAAAAUUGGAUGGGAUAAUGUUGAACAACAUUACAAGGAUGCCGUCAUGAACCACUUACGGGAAAAUUUCAAUCUUGAUGAAGUGGAACGUGAUUAUGAGGCGAAAAACUUGAAGGGUGGUAUGAGGACUGUGCUUAUGAAGCGGUACUCUGACCGCAAGUAUGAAGCUAGACAAUUAUUUGAUAGCCAGGGAGGUUACGAUGAUCUUGAGAGGGCAAGGGCAUACCAUCCCGUGGAUAUGCCCUAUAAAAACUGGUUGAGAACCAUCGAAGGUUUCCGGCAAGAAAAAUAUAUUAAAAAAAGCAAGGCCUGUAAGCAAGUACGCGAGAAACAACAAUUCCCAUACCGUGGGGGGACAUCUUCGUACGGUAGCACCGCCUAUAAAAAUAAUUUGGAUUGGGUACCUACGUAUGCUAAAACCCACACGGACAAUCAAGGGAAUUGGGUUGAUCCGGUUGCUGAACAAAAUUACGUAAGUAUUUCUUUUAAGUAUUAUUUUCUAUAA